GGGAUGAAUGGAGGGGGAACAUACCUGCCAGAUGAUGCGAGUUCUCCAGUCGUGGUUGAGGGGAGCCCCGAUAUCAGUCCCUCAUUUCUCUUGCUCUGUUCAUCUCUCAAGUUCAGUGUUAUCAGUGUUUCUAUCAGAAAGUGUCAGUGAAAAAUAUUUGGAUAAACGUGGGUUUUCUCGGCAAGGGCUUGAUUCAACUUCAGUGACCAAUUGGAAUGAUGAGGAUCUUUGAUUGGCAUUGGCAUAGGGAAGUGGAUGGGACUAGAUGGGACUGAGGCAUUCGUCACUCAGUCGUCCCAGGAUCAAUCUGACAUGGGUGGUGCGCAGUGAUCUACCCUCUCACUCUUCCACAUCAUCCUCCUCCUCCUCAUCGUCGUCCUCUAACGCCAACACAACCACUCAACCGAGGUCUGAUGUCAAUGCAAACAAACAAAGUUACCCGGAAAGACAAUCGUCAGUGGCUCAGAAACGCAGUCCUUGCAGCCAGACGACAGGCGGUCUAUCGGGCGGUCAGGUGACCGCCGGCGGUCCACGUCGCUCCAAACAGAAACACAGACACGUGCGUCGUUCACGCACGCACACGCCACGCCCACACGCGCAGCCGCGCGCCCGCUUCGGAUACGAUAUCACCGAUGUGGACGCGUUUCUCACAAAGGCAUCUCUGGACAGUCCCGGCAACAUUCCAGUAGUGCUGUCGUCGCCAUGCCUGCUCUACCAGACGCGGAUUGGCGGAUUCCAGGACGAGAUAGCUCUGCCGCUCGGGAUGGUCGUCAAUGCCGUCUUCAAAAACCAAACCUGGCUCUAUGUACAAACUCCACAUGGAGAAGAAGGCUAUGUCCAAUAUGGCGCGUGCUUGCCCCUGGGCAUCCUGCCCCCAAAGACACCAGCCCCCUGCUGGGAAACUCACACUGAUAUUUUCCCGCAGCCACUCGGAAAUCGAACUGAUAAUGAGAAACUGCGCAAUGGCACUAGGUCAGAAUGUGGCGGAGUUAGGACGAAGAGACAUCGCGCUGACCUUCGCGACACAGUGUCCGCAUGCGGCGAGAGAAGUGUCGACAAGUUGUACCUGCGAGCCACUGGUAGCACACGCCUCAUCAACCACAGCAUACGGCGACAGACUCUGCUAGUCAUCACAUCUGAUUAUAUAGGUCAAGGCCGGAGUACCCUGACAGUGAAGGAAGGGGAUGUUGUGGUUCUUAUCAAUGACGACAUGAAAGACUGGUUCUGGGUUCAGACUCGAUCCGGCCAGAAAGGAUUCAUUCCAGCUGUCAUUGCUGGCAACGGAUUUCUAUGAAUCUCAAAGAAUACCCAAUAUAUUUUCAUACAAGACUUCCUUCCCAUCAUAAUAUUAUAUAUUCAUUGUUAAUAAUGCAUGAUUGUCCUAGAGAUAAAUGUGUAAUUAUAUAACUGAUGUAGUUUAUGUACCUCUUCAUUAAACUUUUAGUUUCAUUCAUGA